AUGGACGCGUCCUUUAAACUGGCUUUCCUCCUCCCGGUGAUCUCCGUGCUGGUGUCCUGCGGUCCGGCGCAGGCGUGGUACAAGCAGGCGGGACGCGGCGGUUAUUACUCCGUGGGCAGAGCGUCCGGGCUGCUGUCCGGGAUCCAGAGGGCCCCUUACACCAGGAGAGCCCAACCGGAGCCGCCCGACAGCCGAGGAUCCGCUCCAGAUAACGUCGCCUCCAAGUUGAGAUUCCUGCUCAAGACCAUGCCUCUUUGCAUCAAAGACAUUACGCCGAACCUGCACAACUGUGAGCGGUUCCAGGACAGCGUGGGCUUAUUUCAGUGUGAAGCGGAGGUUUUCCUGACACUCGACCCAUCGGACUGCACUGACGACUGA